ACUCUCAUUUCUUAUUUUCUUUAUAGAUACAUGCGACCGAAGGACAUAUAUGUUCAUGCAGACAUUCAAGGCGCAUCAAGUGUUAUCAUUCGUAAUACAACUGGAGAAGAAAUUCCACCCAAAACAUUAUUAGAAGCUGGCACUAUGGCUAUUUCAUACAGCGUAGCGUGGGAUGCAAAGGUUGUGACAAAUUCUUACUGGGUUUAUAGUCAUCAAGUUAGUAAAACGGCUCCAACAGGAGAAUAUUUAGGUACAGGAAGUUUUAUGAUACGCGGGAAAAAAAAUUUUUUACCAUCUUGUCAUCUUAUUAUGGGGCUAAGCUUACUCUUUAAACUUGAAGAUAGUUUCUUACAACGUCAUGCAGGAGAAAGGAAAAUUCGAACUACAGAAGAUAAAAUUAAUGGAGAUAAAAUUGAACAGCCAGAAAUUUCAUCCACAGAUCUAAAUGAAAUCAACGAGGCUUGUGAAUCAAUUAAUGAAUAUGGAAAGAAUUCAUUUCCAAAUACUGAAGUUAAGAUUGAACAUGAUACCGGUAGAAUAACUGUUAAAACUGAUUUAUUAGACGAAACAAAUAAAACAGAUGCUGUUGAUCAACAAAGUCUAGACAUAAUAAAUGAUGAAGAUACAGUCAUUAUAAAACCUGCACCAUCCCGAAAGAAGAAUCAAUCCACAAAAAAACGUAGGGAAGACAAAGAACGGUCAGAAAAAGCAAAUAUUGAGAUGGUUUAUGUUGCCUCUCCAGAAACGGAUAAAAGUUCUUCUAAAGUUAAACGCGGUCAAAAAGGAAAAUUAAAGAAAAUUAAACUGAAAUAUAGAGAUCAAGAUGAUGAGGAGCGUAAAAUAAGGAUGAUGAUUCUAAACUCAUCAGGAAAGGAUAAACCGAUAGAUAAUAAUGAGAGGCAAGAGGAAAAGCCUACUUCUUUAAAAAAAAUAACUGCAGCAUCAGAAAACAUUCUCACAAAAAAUCAAGUUGAAAUUGAAGAUAUCGACGACAGUCCCAUUACUGUAGACACUGACUUACUAGAUAGCCUUACUGGUGUACCAUUUGAUGAUGAUGAACUGCUAUUUGCUAUACCAGUUGUAGCUCCGUAUCAAGCUUUGCAGCAAUAUAAGUAAGUAUAG